AUACUAGCACGAAGCGCCGCACGAACCUGAGCAAGCACAGCUCGGACGGCGCUCGGGUAGCGGCCAAAACGGUAGGGCUCACAGCCAUACUGACACACGCACGCAACCACUGCGUGCGCCGCAGCCCACCAAGCGACCCACACUCUGCGCCCCACACCAGGAGUCGUAAGGGGGCAGCCCAUUUACGCCACCGGCGCGGUCCCGGAGGCGGCAAGCAGCCCAUUUACGCCAGCGAUGGCCCCCGGCCUCAGGACCGCCCUCGCCGCCGCCCUGGCCUGCCUCCGGAUACGGGCCGAGGACGCGGAGCUCUCGAUGGGAGAAGUGUAUCAUGGGAUGCUCGACACGGACGAGGACGGUAGAGUAAACAAGCCCGAGCUCGACCACUUCGUGCGGGAGAUGCUCAAGAUGAGCGGGGCGCCGCACCUGUCGCGCGACCCCGAUUUGGAGCCGGUGCUCGCCGAGGCGUGGCGUAUGUCCGACGAGGACGGCGACGGGGACCUAUCUAUAAAGGAGGCGGGCAACACGAACGCGGAGCUGAAUCGCAUCGUGGGCGCGUACAUGGCGGACAAGCUGCGCGGCGACCUGGACGGCGACGGUAUUGAUGAUUUGACGGGCGACCGGUUGACGAUGCGGGGGCGCGUCGACGCCCAGGGAUACAUUGUGCACGAAUCUUAAUUUUA